AUGGCACUUUCACCUGUCUACACUCCUUCGGUUCCCGCCUUCCUCCCCACGCCUAUUUCCGGGUGGAUAAAGAGAAGGUCUACCGACCUUCAUCUCUCCCUGGAGGCCAAGCAUAAUACUUCACGCGAGAUCAAGGCCGAGGUGAAGAAGUCCCGCGCUCGAACGUCCUGGGAUGCCAUCUGGGCUAAGCCCAAGAAGUCUGAGCAGAAGAGAACGACAUUAUUGGGGAUAUCCGUUGGGUCUCUUUAUUGUUUCCAGCUUCCUCCUCGUUGUGGCUACGAGUGGAAAUCGUCGAAGGUGGAAAGAGACACCCCCGUCCUGACCGAGUCUGCCUGGCCAACCGAAAUCACCACUGUUGGUCAUCUUGCUACCUCGUGGACGGUGAGUCCCAGCAUGAUCGCUGUGCCAUUCACCGCGUGA